CAUCGAGAGGCCGGGUCUCAACGUCACGGGCAGCCCCGCCACUCGGCCAUCGUCUACCACCCGGAGGCGGCAACCGCUCCUGCUCUGCCCUUCCCGGUUGGCGGGGCCAGCUGCGCCUCGUUUCUUUGUUGACCAUGGGGGACCCCAGCAAGCAGGACAUCCUGACCAUCUUCAGGCGCCUCCGGUCGGUGCCCACCAACAAGGUGUGUUUUGACUGCGGUGCCAAGAAUCCCAGCUGGGCCAGCAUCACUUACGGGGUGUUCCUGUGCAUAGACUGCUCGGGGUCACACCGCUCGCUUGGCGUCCACCUGAGUUUUAUUCGAUCUACAGAGUUGGAUUCUAACUGGUCUUGGUUUCAAUUGCGAUGCAUGCAAGUUGGAGGAAAUGCUAAUGCAUCUUCCUUUUUCCAUCAACACGGGUGUGACACCAACGACACCAAUGCCAAGUACAACAGUCGCACUGCCCAGCUCUACAGGGAGAGAAUCAAGGGGCUGGCCUCCCAGGCAACCCGGAAGCAUGGCACUGACCUGUGGCUUGAUAGCUGUGUGGUUCCACCUUUGUCCCCUCCACCAAAGGAGGAAGACUUUUUUGCCUCUCAUGCUUCUCCUGAGGUGAGUGGCACAGGGUGGGCAUCAGCAGAACCAGAACCAUCUUCUUUAACACCAGGGAACGUGGACGCUCCUCCAGCAAACAGUGAAGGUGGAGCAGAACAAGGACCAAGUGUGGAAGGUCUCAGUGUACCAACAAAGGCCGCUUUAGGUGAGGUUUCCUCUAUCAUAAAAAAGAAACCGAAUCAAGCUAAAAGAGGACUUGGGGCCAAAAAAGGAAGUUUGGGAGCCCAGAAACUGACGAAUACGUGCUUUAAUGAAAUUGAAAAACAAGCCCAAGCCGUAGAUAAAAUGAAGGAACAGGAAGACCUUCUGGCCAGGGCGGUACCUAAUGAAGAAUCAGUUGUGUCAUCAUUACGAUUAGCCUAUAAGGAUCUUAAAAUUGAAAUGAAGAAAGAUGAAAAGAUGAACAUGAGUGGCAAAAAGAAGGUGGAAUCAGAGAGACUUGGCAUGGGAUUUGGAAAUUGCAGAAGUGGUAUUUCACAUUCAGUGACUUCAGAUUUGCAGACCAUUGAACAGGAAACGCCAAUCACAGCAAAACCAAGAAAAAAGCAUAGUGAUGACAGUGAUGACUCGUAUUUUGCUUCCAGCUCAAGGUACUUUGACGAGCCAGUGGAGUUAAGGAGCAGUUCUUUUUCUAGCUGGGAUGACAGUUCGGAUUCCUACUGGAAAAAAGAGACCAUCAAAGACACUGACAUAAUUCUGAAAACCACAGGCUACACAGACAGACCUGCUCGCCGCAAGCCAGACUAUGAGCCAGUUGAAAAUACAGAUGAGGCCCAGAAGAAGUUUGGCAAUGUCAAAGCCAUUUCCUCAGAUAUGUACUUUGGAAGACAAGCCAAAGCUGAUUAUGAAACCAGGGCCCGGCUGGAGAGGCUUUCGGCAAGUUCGUCCAUCAGUUCGGCUGAUCUGUUUGAUGAGCAGAGGAAGCAGACAGCAGGAAACUACAACCUCACGAGCAUGCUGCCCACGGCCCCCGACAUGGCCCAGUUUAAGCAGGGAGUGAGAUCCGUUGCUGGAAAGCUCUCCGUCUUUGCUAACGGAGUCAUGACUUCGAUUCAGGAUCGCUAUGGUUCUUAAUACUGACGUUGCGAUAUGUAUUUCCUGGAGAAAUUCCUCUUUAAAUGAACCAGUGACCACAUCACAGACUGCAGUGAAGACCAGCCAGUUUUGUGGAUUGUUUUGCUACUUUUUCACAGGGUAUACAUACAUUACUGAUUUUUAAUAUUUCUUUUGAGAAAUUGUUAUUUUUGAUGUAGUAGAAGCUUCCUUGCGAUUUCUGUUUUGCGUGACUACGUGCACACACCUUCCUUCUGGCAUAUCCGUGCACACCCCUGCUUUAUUUCCUUGGACUCUUUGGUUUCAACAGCUGGGGGUCUGGAAACAAGGGCUCCUCCGCCUCUCCUUGGGGGCGGUGGGGGUGCGGUCAGUGCUGUGAGGCUCAUGGGCUAAGGGUUACCAGCGUCAGCUGAUACGAGAAGGGCCUGGAGAAACAAAAUUCACAACGUAUAUUUCAUUAAAAAGGGAACAAAGAAUAAAAACAAAAGACCAAAAA